AUGUCUCCCACCGCCGCCGCGUCCCCCGCGCCGGCCGCCGACGCGGUGCCGAAGCCGCCGCCCUCAGGCGUGAAGCGCAGCCUGAUGGGGUCCCUCAUCGACGCCACCUCGCUGCUCCGCGCAGCCUCCUUCAAGGAGGACUCGUACGUGGCGGCGGCGCUCCCGUCCUCCGACCUCCGCGCGCUGGCGGACCUGCGGGCGCUCCUCGCCACCCACCCGGACCCAAUCUCCAUCUGGGGCGUGCCCCUCAACCCGCCGCCGCCCCCCAGCAACGCCGACGGCUCCGCGCCCGCCCAGCCCGCCGACGAGCGGGCCGACGUGGUGCUCCUCAAGUUCCUCCGCGCGAGGGACUUCCGCGUCCGCGACGCGCACGCCAUGGUGCUCCGCUGCGCCGCCUGGCGCGCCGAGUUCCGCGCCGACGCCGUGGUCGACGAGGACCUCGGGUUCAAGGACCUGGAGGGCGUGGUCGCGUACAUGCACGGCUGGGACCGGGACGGGCGGCCCGUGUGCUACAACGCGUACGGGGUGUUCAGGGACCGGGAGAUGUACGACAGGGCGUUCGGGGACGGCGACCGCCUCGCCCGGUUCCUCCGGUGGCGCGUCCAGGUCAUGGAGCGCGGCGUGCGGGCCCUCCAGCUCCGCCCCGGCGGGGUCAACGCCAUUAUACAGGUGACCGACCUCCGGGACAUGCCCAAGCGCGAGCUCCGCGCCGCCUCCAACCAGAUCCUCUCGCUGUUCCAGGACAACUACCCCGAGAUGGUCGCGCGCAAGGUGUUCGUGAACGUGCCGUGGUACUUCUCGGUGCUCUUCUCGAUGAUCUCGCCGUUCCUGACGGAGCGCACCAAGAGCAAGUUCGUCAUCGCUCGGGAGGGCAACGUCGCCGAGACGCUCUUCAAGUUCAUCCGGCCUGAGCUGGUGCCGGUGCAGUACGGCGGGCUGAGCCGCGCGAGCGAGCUGGAGAACGGCCCGCCCAAGCCGGCGUCUGAGUUCACCAUCAAGGGCGGCGAGAAGGUGUUCCUGGAGAUCGACGGCAUUGAGGCCGGCGCAACGAUAACGUGGGACCUGGUGGUCGGCGGCUGGGAACUGGACUACGGCGCGGAGUACGUCCCGGCGGCCGAGGGCAGCUACACGCUCUGCGUCGAGCGGACCAGGAAGGUCCCGGCCACCGCCGACGAGCCCGUCCACAACGCCUUCACGGCCAAGGAGGCCGGCAAGAUGGUGCUCUCCAUCGACAACUCCGGCUCCCGGAAGCGGAAGGUCGCCGCUUACCGCUACUUCGUGCGCAAGCCGUCCGCGUAG